CCCAUGUCCUCCAUUUCUUCUUCUUCUUCUUCUUCUUCUCCUCAAACUCCCAUUUGGGUUUACUCAAAUGUGAAGCACCGGUUCUUCAAUCGAAUCCGAAGAUUCCUCUGUUCCAAAACGCCCAAAAAACCGUAUGUCUCGCCCACUCAUUCAAUCACUACUACACCCAAAAUCACAGCAACUAGUAAUGAAGUUAUACGAGUUGCAGAUGCUGAUUGGAACUGUAGUGGCGGAGUUAGCGGUGGUGCCGAUGAAUCCGCGGCGGCGUUACGAAGGACAGUGAAGAAGCUCCACUUCGGGGACUGGGAAGAGAAGGAGAUUGCAGCCGACGAGAUUGGUAAAAUGUCUAAAGAGGACGUGAAGGUGAAGAAAUUAGUGGUGGAACUAGGGGUUGUGCCGGCCUUGGUUUCAAUGGUGGCGUCCGAUGCCAUGGGGCGGCCGGAAGUGGCUGUGAAAGCGUUACUUGAGCUUGCCAAAGGAAGCUUCGAGAACAAAGCCCUCAUGGUGGAGGCAGGAAUCUUACACAUACUUCCAAGUGACAUCCGAGCCAUGGAUGAAUCAGCAAAACACGAUUUUGCAAGACUGUUGUUGUCACUGUCGUCUCUGAUCAAUUCCCAUUUCACUACUGCCUUACAGACGAAUGAAAAUGCCAUCCCAUUUAUUGUGGAGAUUCUAGAUUCAACCUCAAAUUUCGAGACCCAAAAAUGUUGCAUUGAAACUCUGCAUAACAUCUCCACAGUUCUAGAAAAUGUAGGGCCUCUGGUCUCAAAUGGUGUGGUGCACACCCUCUUGAAAAUGUCCUCAUCGAAAGCCCUCUCACAUAGAGCCCUCGCAGCAUUGGGAAACUUGGUGGUGACUUCACAGGGAAAGAAGGCCAUGGAGAGCAGUCCAAUGGUCCCGGAUGCCCUCAUAGAGAUUAUGACAUGGGAGGACAAACCAAAAUCUAUCGAGUUUUCCGCUUAUAUCUUAAUGAUAUUAGCUCAUCAGAGCACAGAACAGAGAGAGAAGAUGGCGAACUCAGGCAUUGUUGCAGUGCUUCUUGAAGUGGCAUUACUAGGCAGUCCACUGGCUCAAAAGAGGGCGCACAAGCUGUUACAAUGGUUUAAGAAUGAGAAGCAAGGAAAAAUGGAUCCACAUUCUGGGCCACAGACGGGUAGAAUAGUGAUUGGGUCGCCUGUAAAUCAGAGAGAGGCUCAGGAAGGGAGGAACAUGAUGAAGAAUUUGGUGAAACAGAGCUUGUAUAAGAAUAUGGAGUUGAUUACUGGACGGGCCAAUGUGGGAGAUCCAGCAAAACUCAAGAGAUUGGUCAUCAGCACCAGUUCUAAAAGUUUACCUUUUUAAUCUCUGAUGUUAACUCCUGUGCUCCAUAUUUUUUAAAUCAGAAGCACAAAAAUACCCCUACGUAGCAGAAGAAAGCGAGCAUCUUCUAGUGAAGCAAGAAAUGAACUUUCAGAAAGGGCUCUCAUUUUUGUUGUACAGCUUUGAUCAUGUGGAGAAAUAAAAGAAGAGCAAAGAAUUUUUUUUUUUUGUUCCAUUAUUACUAUUAUUAUUGUAAGAAUAGAUAGAGCUUUCAUAAACUCGACUCGAGUU